UAACGAAAUAAUAAACUCACUCUCUUGUUCAGAGUUUUUAGAAGCUCCGGGAUUGGAAGAAUUCCAAUUUUCAAUCGGAUCUAAAAUAAUAAUUAACAAAAGUUGCAAUUAAUUUUUAACACACAAAUUAAAAUAAUUAUAAACAAUAUUUAAUACAUAGAUAUACUUACUCUUUCAAUUCCGCCUGCUUUUUACAUUUUAACACAUUGGCUGCCCAAAACGCCCGAGGGCCGUUCACGUGACUUUUCCCGCCGUGCCCCCACCGCCCGAGAGGCGUUCUCGUAUAGGGAAAAUUAUAAGGUACAUAGAAUUGCCGGGCCAGUUGGGAUUCGAUCAUUGUCGCGUCUGGGCACAGAGUAAAGAUUGAGGUUAGCAUGUGUAUUGUUGGUUGCUGAAAAUAGUGCAGAUUUAUUACGUAGUGAUUGCAUUGAUUGUUUUUAUUAUUUGCAAGUGUUAAGGGUAAGUGUAAUAACGUUUGGUUAUAUUGUUUCAAAUGAAAAGUAGUGAAAAGUGAAAUGAAGGAAUAUUUUUUGAAAAAUGCGUAAUGUAAAGUCCUGAGGUGGGUGAUGUGUACUCGGUACCAUGUGUCCGCCCCAGGGGCGUUGUCGGGCAACGAGCCGCGUGCCAUGUAGAAUUUUAUUUUAUGUUUACAGAUGCUCGGAACCAUCGAAAAGAGCUAAAUAUGAAAACAGGAGGACGAGGCAGACCCUUUCGAAAAUCAGUCCGACGAUGAUCCUGAUUUUGUCAAUCCUAGUGAUAUUAGUGAGUCUGAAGAAGAAGAUACUGCAUCAGUGCCUUUAUCUCCAUCUUCUCCCAUGGCUGCGCCACAAUCCUCAUCGCCAUCUUCCCAAAAUCAUGCAGCGGCACUUGUAUUUACUUACGAUGAGGUUCCAAGUCAAAUUGUUUUCUUUACGAAGAAGACAGGUUUGCUUGCGAAUACGAACAACGCAACAGAGCCCAUAGACUAUUUUAAUCUUCUGGCGACCGAUGAGUUUGUUGAUGAACUCUGUACAAAAGCUAACAGUCAUGUAGUGGACCUAAUUGCAUUGAGCUCUGGGGAAGAACCAAGAAUUGCGCGAUGAAGGGAUGUGCAACCUGUUGAAAUGAGAAAGGUUUUGGGACUACUCUUUCAUAUGGGAAUAAUUAAACUAAACAGAUUGAAUGAUUAUUGGAAAAAACAUUAUAUGUUUAAUUUACAAUGUUUUUCGCAGUUCAUGAGUCGAAAUCGUUUUCUGCUCAUUAUAAGAUCUUUACACUUUGAAAAUCGAGAAGAUGAGCCUCGCACUCAAAUUGGAAAAAUCAUGCCUCUAAUAAAUUUUUUCAACAAUAAAAUGGACGAAAUUUAUUAUCCAUCAAGGGAAUUGUCGAUUGACGAGUCCAUGGUGCUGUGGCGAGGGCGAUUGAAAUUUCGGCAAUACAUACAAGGGAAGAGGCACAAAUUUGGCAUAAAAUUGUAUUCUCUUUGUGAACAUGGUAUUGCAAUUAAAAUAAUUGUCUAUACAGGAUCAGCGGAUCCUGAGUUAUCGGGAACAAAAUAUACAGAGAAAACUGUUCUAGUCCUCUUAAAAGGCAAAUUAGAUCAAGGUCAUUCCAUUUAUAUGGAUAAUUAUUAUAAUAGUGUGAGUCUGACUAAACAAUUACUGACGAAGAAAACCUAUGUUACAGGAACCUUGAGAUCGAAUAGAAAAAAUAAUCCUACAGAAGUGGUAAAAAAGAAGUUGAAAAAAGGGGAGCAAAUUGUUCAAUAUACUUCGCAAGGAAUAUGUGUUACAAAGUGGAAAUAUCGACGAGACAUUUUAGCGAUCUCCAGUGAAUAUAAUGCACAGAUGGAAUUUGAUACUACCCAGCAAGAAAAACAAAAACCUAACCUCAUAAGUAGAUAUAAUCAGUUCAUGGCAGAUGUUGAUCACUGCGAUCAAAUGAUGUCGUAUUAUUCAUGUGAACAUAAGACAUUACUAUGGUACAAAAAAUUGGCACUCCAUAUCUUUCAAAUUAUGUUGCUCAAUUCAUACCACCUAUAUAAGCAAGGAAAUACUAAUAACGAAAAACGCUAUAAUGAUUAUCGAUUAUCUGUGAUUGAAAAGCUUCUUGGGCCUCCACAAGCAGAUCCAUUGCCAAAAAUUAAGAUUACUCACCUUCCUGAGCUUUGCCCUAAAGGUGAAGGAGCUAGUACCCGAGUCAAACGAAGGAGAUGUAAAGUUUGCUGGGAAGGCGAAAAAAUUAGAAAAGAUUCUAUUUAUUAUUGUCCCUUGUGUCCCGACCAACCUGAAUUUUCCUAA